GCAUCUUCCCGCCAAAGUAAAAAAUCCAGAAAACGCACACCUUGAAUUUUCACAAGUUGUUGGUUUUUAGUCUGCAACAAAUUUCUGAAGUCCUCGAACUGGAUAGAUAGAUAAACAAAAGGACAAACAAUGCCGAUGGAAGGAAGCGGUAGCAGGCGGAGGAACGGUGGAGGGGCGGCGGCGGGAUCUGAGAGCAGCGCCCGUUCCGCUGCCCUACAGCAACUGAAGAAUCUCCGUCAACAAGGCGGACGAAGAGUUGAUGGCUUCGACCUCAAAUUAGAGGAGAAAAUCUAUGAUACCGUUGCGGAAGACGACUAUGCGCAGCUCGUCGCAAAGCGUCGCGCGGAUGCAAAGGAUUUUGUAGUUGACGACGCAGGGUUAGGCUACUGCGACAUUGGAGAAGAAGAUGACUGGGAAACCGGCACCCUUAAUUAUUCAUCCGAGGAAGAACAAGGCGUGUCGUCUUCGAAGAAGAAGAAACUGCCGUCGGAAAACAAGAAGAAAAAUGAUGGCAAUGCGUCAAGGAAGGCUUCGGCGUUGUCUGCUGCGGCGGCUUUGAUGGGGAAACAGAGGGUUUCGUCAAUGUUUACAUCGUCUUCGAUGUUUAAGAAGCAUAGUAAUAAGGAAGAAAAGCCAGGCCAGAAGGGCUUUUCGACGGACAGUAUUUUGGAAGAUGUUCUCGCUGAGAUUACUCCUGAUGAAGCCGAUCGAGAAAAGAGAAGGCGCCGGACAGGUAUAAAGAAUGCUACAGUGGUAGGAAAUGCUGCAUCGAAUAGUAUUCAAAGCUCUCCUCACACUUUUUCUUGGAAUAGACCAGAAAUUCAAGUGAACGAGGCAUCUGUGCAGCAAAGUAUUAAUUUGCAAAGCAGUUGUAAGCAUAAUUCCGUGGAAAAUGGUCACAAGUAUGAGCCUGGUUCUGGGAUUGCUAUAGAAUCUCAAAAUUCUGACCCAGUUCUUGAGGACCAGCAUGUUUCUGUUGAGUUUCCAAAUAACAUUGAUGAAAAUGCAAGCCAUGAAGAGAAUAAUAUUAAGCCAACUGAGUCAUUGUUACCCAAGAAUUGUGAUACCAUUAUAGCUGAUUGCGAGCUAAAGCCAAUGCCUAAAGUGGCACUGGAGACAAAUAUGCUCAAUGCUAGAAUUAGCUGUGAAAGUCUAACAUCAAAAGCAACCUCUGACUGGCAAGCAAUAUGGCAAGACACUAAUGAAAAAGGUACAGUGAUCAAAGAGACUGCUAAUGAGCAAGUUGUUUCUGAAGACAGUAAUGACUUACCACUGGAGUCCGAUGGAAGUUUAUUAUUUUAUCUUAUUGAUGCUUAUGAGGAAGCUUAUGGAGCUCAUCCUGGUACAGUGUAUCUGUUUGGCAAGGUAAAGGUCAAAAACACGUAUGUUAGCUGUUGUGUGGCUGUACAAAAUAUGCAGCGGUGUGUUUUUGCAAUACCGGCUCCUUCAGUCUUUCCAGAUAACAUGCUUGUUGAGUUUGAGCAAGCUUCCAAAGAAGGCGCAGCUGAGCAAUCUUUCUUGGGGAAAAAACUACAGGAAAUGGCAUCAGGCAUAAAGCAAGAGAUCUCUCAGAAACUAAUGGAUCUGAAUGUGAAUAAUUUUAGUAUGGUGCCUGUCAAGCGUAAUUAUGCGUUUGAGCGACCUGAUGUAUUGACUGGAGAGCGCUAUGUUUUGAAAUUGAGCUAUCCUUUUAAGGACCCACCUCUUCCAGCUGACUUGAAGGGAAAUCAUUUUUCUGCCCUUUUUGGUACUCACUCCAGUGCACUAGAAUUAUUUCUGAUUAAGAGAAGAAUAAGAGGUCCAGCUUGGCUUUCAAUUUCCAAAGCUGCCUGCCUUCCAAGUUCUUCUCGGGUGAGCUGGUGCAAAUUUGAAGUGAAUGUAGAGUCUCCAAAGGACAUAAAAGUGGCAGCAUCCACGAGUAUUCCUCAAGAGAUUCCUCCAUUGGUGGUUGCUGCAAUUAAUCUAAAAACUGUGAUUAAUGACAAACACAAUAUCAAUGAAAUUGCUAGCGUGUCUAUUGUCUGCUGUCAUAGGACAAGGAUUGAUUACCCAAUGCCAAAGGCAGAGUGGAACAAACCUGGUAUCCUAUGUCACUUUUCGAUUUUACGUAAGCUUGAUGGAGGUAUAUUUCCUAUGGGGUUUGUGAAAGAUGUUGCAAACAAAAAUGCUAAAGCUGGUUCGAAUGUCUUGAGUUAUGAGAGUAGUGAAAGGGCUUUACUAAAUCGUCUGAUGAUUAAACUACACCAGUUGGAUCCUGAUGUGUUAGUUGGGCACAACAUAUCAGGCUUUGAUCUUGAUGUUGUACUACAUAGAGCACAGACAUGCAAGGUGCCUAGCAACAUGUGGUCCAAAAUUGGAAGGCUCAAGCGCUCUAUAAUGCCUAAGCUGAGCAAAGGAAAUAAUAGCUCUGGAAUGGGAGCAACUCCAGGACUCAUGGCUUGUAUUGCAGGUCGAUUGCUAUGUGAUACUUAUUUGUCUGCCCGUGAACUAUUGAAAGAGGUCAGCUACUCUUUGACACAACUUGCGAAGAAUCAGCUAGGAAGGGACAGAAAAGAAAUCAAUCCUGUUGAUAUGCCUAUAAUGUAUCAAACAUCAACCAGCCUAUUGGAACUGGUUGAGUGUGCUGAAACAGAUGCUUGGUUGUCUCUAGGAUUGAUGUUUCACCUAAGUGUGCUUCCAUUGACACGUCAACUUACAAAUAUUAGUGGGAAUCUUUGGAGUAAAACAUUACAGGGGGCUAGGGCACAAAGAGUUGAGUAUCUUCUGCUGCAUGAGUUCCAUGCAAGGAAAUAUAUUGUACCAGACAAAAUGUCAGCCCGAGAUAAAGAGCUCACUGCAUCAAAAAGAAAAUUAGCUUCAAAUAGUGGGGUUGCAGAUGCUGGUGAAGAAGUUGAUUUUGGUGUAGUUGAUGAUGGCAUUGAGCCUUCUAAUCAUGGAAAGCACAAGAAGGGUCCAGCAUACUUAGGAGGCUUGGUGCUGGAACCAAAGAAAGGUCUCUAUGACAAAUACAUUCUACUUCUUGACUUCAACAGUCUUUAUCCCUCAAUCAUACAGGAGUACAAUGUUUGCUUUACAACUGUUGAACGCCCAUCUGAUGGAUCUAUACCCAAUUUGCCAUCGAGCAAGAUUCCUGGUGUUCUUCCACAGCUGUUAAAAAACUUAGUUGGAAGGAGGAGACAAGUAAAGUUAUGGCUAAAAAACACAUCCGAUCCUCUGAAGUUUCAACAGCUUGACAUUCAGCAACAAGCAUUAAAGUUAACUGCAAACAGCAUGUAUGGGUGCUUAGGAUUUGCAAACUCAAGAUUCUAUGCAAAGCCACUUGCAGAGCUUAUCACUUCACAGGGAAGGGAAAUCUUACAGAGUACUGUUGAUCUUGUUCAAAACUCUCUAAACCUUGAGGUGAUCUAUGGGGAUACAGAUUCAAUCAUGAUCCACAGCGGUUUGGAUGAUGUUACAGAUGCCAAGAUGGUAGCAGGGAGGGUCAUCAAAGAGGUCAACAAGAAAUACAAGUGCUUGGAAAUAGAUCUUGAUGGUUUAUAUAAGCGCAUGCUUCUCCUGAAGAAAAAGAAAUAUGCAGCAGUUAAAGUGCAAUUUAAUAAGGAUGGUACCGCAUAUGAGGUCAUUGAACAAAAGGGACUUGAUAUUGUUCGCCGGGACUGGAGUUUGUUGUCAAAAGAAAUAGGAAAUUUUUGUUUGGAGCAAAUUUUAUCCGGAGGGUCUUGUGAAGAUGUUGUGGAAGCUAUUCAUAAUAGGCUGCAAAAGGUGCAAGAGGAAAUGAGAAGUGGCGAGGUGGAACUAGACAAAUAUGUCAUUACGAAAACUUUGACUAAGCCACCAGAAGAUUAUACGGAUUCCAAAAACCAGCCACAUGUUCUGGUGGCAUUAAGAAUGAAGCAGAGUGGUCAUAGAAUUGGAUGUUCUGUAGGUGAUACAGUCCCUUAUAUAAUUUGUCGUGAGCAGGGAUCUGGGGAAGGAACUACAACAGGCAUUGCUGAAAGGGCAAGACAUCCAGAUGAAUUGAAAAGGGAUAGUGGUAACUGGAUGAUUGACAUUGAUUAUUAUCUGUCACAGCAGAUUCAUCCGGUUGUAUCUCGAUUAUGUGCUCCUAUCCAAGGCACGAGCCCUGGGCGACUUGCUGAUUCUCUUGGACUAGAGCCAUCUAAGUUUGAACCAAAACUGGGCUCUGAUGCUGUUACUAAGGAUCCAGCAACUGCUUUUUUUGCCACUCUUCUGAAUGAUGGUGAAAGAUACCAUGAUUGUGAGCCAUUCACUAUAGUGUGUCCACACUGCUCUACUAGUUUUGAGUGCCCUAGUGUCACAAGCAUGGUUAAUUCAUCCGAAGAUUAUGUGAAUAGCGCUGAAAAUGUUGAUCAAGGCGAUUCAAAACUCAACACUUCAAUGCAAGCUGCUGAGAAAUGUGGGUACUUUCUUCAUUGUCCAAAAUGCAAAAAUACUGGUGAUCCAAGCAUAAUUUCUCCUGCAAUGUUGUCUAAUCAGGUGAAAAGGCAGGCAGAGAAGUUUAUUGCAUUCUAUUAUACAGGAAUUAUGACUUGUGAUGAUGACAUGUGUAAGCAUACAACCAGAAGGUUGACCUUGCGGGUAAUAGGUGAUACUGAAAGGGGAACUGUUUGUCCAAAUUAUCCUCGCUGCAAUGGUCGCCUUGUCAGACAGUAUACCGAGGUAGACUUGUAUAAACAGCUUACAUAUUUUUGCUGGUUGCUUGAUGCCCCACGUGUUCUUCAAAAGUUGGAAUAUAGUGCGAGGAUUCUUGCUGAGAAACGCCUAGAUAAAGUGCGGCCUGCAAUUGAUGCUGCAGCAACAACUAUUCGUGAAAUAAGGGAUCGUUCUGCAUAUGGAUGGGUGAACCUUGAUAAUCUUGUAGUUGGUGUUUAACUUCUUUUGAAUCCAUAACAUGGAUUAGUGUAUGAUUGUACCAAUUUAACGAUAUUGCUCGCUUUAUCGUUAGUUUUACCCACAUAGGCUUACCUUGUACAUAUUCUUGUUAGCUGCUCUCCAUUUUAUUACCAAAUCAUUUUUUUUAAUGUAAUUUUCGAGUUGAUUCGUGA